AUGGAGAACAGCAGCAAAUUUGAUAGCCCAACCAAUGUCUCCUUAGCUAACAACGACUUGGUUUUUAGUAUGGUCGAGUACAAGGCAAUCUCUGUAUUCCUGGUUUUAGUGAUAUGUGGUGUUGGCAUCAUUGGAAACAUUAUGGUAGUUCUGGUUGUGUUUACCACCCGUGAUAUGAGAACCCCAACAAACUGUUACCUAGUUAGCUUGGCUGUUGCAGACUUGAUGGUACUAGUAGCUGCUGGAUUACCCAAUGUUUCAGACAGCUUGGCAGGAACAUGGAUCUAUGGGCAUGCUGGCUGUUUAGGAAUAACCUACUUUCAGUAUUUGGGAAUCAAUGUGUCUUCCUGCUCUAUCACAGCAUUUACAGUGGAGAGAUACAUUGCAAUUUGCCAUCCAAUGAGAGCACAGACUGUCUGUACAGUGUCCCGGGCUAAACGUAUCAUUACCAUAGUUUGGAUCUUCACUUCAAUUUACUGCAUGCUUUGGUUUUUCCUAGUGGAUAUUCAUGUAAACAAGAACCAGCAGGUGGAAUGUGGUUACAAGGUCUCUCGUAAUCUCUAUCUGCCUAUUUAUAUGACUGACUUUGCCAUUUUCUAUGUUAUUCCACUGUUUGUGGCCACCAUUCUUUAUGGUCUCAUUGGAAGAAUCUUGUUUCUAAGUCCAAUGCCACAUCAGCCAGAGAGCACCACUGAGCGUUGGCGAGAGAAAAGCUCAAAGGAGAAAAAUGGAAUGGAAACAGAAGGCAACAGAUCUCUCAAUCGUCCCAGAAGUAAGGGAGCACUAUCAUCAAGAAAACAGGUCACCAAGAUGUUGGCUGUAGUUGUUAUACUUUUUGCUCUUUUGUGGAUGCCUUACAGGACUUUAGUCCUGGUAAACUCCUUUAUGGACAAACCUUAUCUAGAUCCCUGGUUCCUAUUGUUCUGUCGAAUAUGUGUGUAUGCUAAUAGCGCCAUUAAUCCCGUCAUCUACAAUGUAAUGUCUCAGAAGUUCCGCACUGCCUUUAAGAAGCUUUGCAAGUGUGGACAGCAUGAAAGCCAAAGGAGACAGAUGUAUAUGACCACCAACAGCUACAGUAUGGUGAGAGAUGCAGCCAAUGCUGGAGUGGAGAAGAAGGACAAGCCCACAUCACAGAAACCAGCUGCUUUACCUAAACAGACCAGCAAGGCAGGUCUUGAAGGGGAGCUCUACUACAGCGUGGUUUAA